AUGCUGCAAGAAAUCCUCCUGUGCCUUGCCGGCCACCCAUCGCCGCUCCUCCGCCAACCGCAGACCUUAGAAACCCCAGCCAAACCAAAUAUCGAGCACCAUCUCCCACUCCUCUCCCCGCCAGAGCGAGCCCUCCUCUCCACCGUCGCACACCUCAGCGACCUGCACAUCAAGAUCAAGCGACAUGCCUCUCUAGUUUCUACCUCGCAUAGGUCUACAAUCUGCAAAGCCGUUGCUUCUACGAUCAUAUCCAAACAGCUGCAGGGGUUUAUGAAGAAGAUCGUCGAGGUGGAGAGGUCAAUCUUGACCAAGGAUGCGGGCUAUGUGGGUGGAUAUGGGAUUGUUCCUUUGUCGGCUGUUGUUGGGGAAUUUGCACCUUGGUCUAGACGGUUGGAGUGGCUGUGGGAAGUUCUAAGGUUUAUGCAGCCCUCUGAGGAAGGGGGAACUAAACUUUCCUCAGACCAAUGUAGAGGUGCCUCGAUGAUGAGGUAUCUGCGAGAGGAGUCUCACACAGGUUACAGUGAUCUUGAGGAAAUGGCAUUGGAGCUUGUCAAGGUGGCAGAGAUGGUCUGGUUGCGACAAUUGUCAACGUGGGUACUGUAUGGCAAGCUGCCUACGUGUGCCUCAGAGGACUUUUUCAUACAGCCACAGCCGGGCAAUCAAGAUAUUUCCAAUCCGAGCCCUGCAGAAUUCUCCAUACGCCGCGAGUGCGUCCCAGAUUUCGUCCCCCCUCCGACUGCUUCCUCUAUCUUGUUCAUCGGCCAGUCUUUACAUCAGAUUCGCACACGUGAUCAGACGCUGUCAACACAGAGCUUGUCUGCAGACCCUGCCAUGAAGUUGCUUCCAGCGCAUCUUGAGUAUCUCAAAGCCAUCAAUCUGCCAAUCUCCUCGUCCAGUUUUACCAACGUGAUCGCUUCCAUUCGUCUCUCGAUGUCACAAAAUGCUCUUUCACAGCUACUUCCCUUCCCAAAAGUCCUCGAGAUUCUCCAUGUCCUACAAGACUUCUUGCUUCUUGGUCGUGGUGAGUUUGCCAUAUCACUCAUCUCUAAGGCAGACAAGAUGGUCAACAUCGGAAACUAUGGUCAGAAUGCUCUGUUGCCAGUUCGUGAGGCUGGUCGAUUGGACGAGUUGAAAAUAAGGGAUGGUGAACUUGCAACAGUGCUGAAUGAGACCUGGUCCGAACUCGCGGCUUUGCGGACAGAAGGGGAUCUUCUCGAUGACACGCUCGAAAGGGCCCGAGAACAUCUUCGAGUGGUUAACAGAGACGCAAAAUCCAGUGCCACAGACUUCUCAAGCCUCCUGUUUCCGAGUCCUACUUCACUUACCUUGCCACUUUCGCCCAAUUCCCCGAUAGCCUUGUUCCUCACGAAGGAUGACAUUCGUCUGUACUCCGAGAUGAACUCCUACCUUAUUGCUAUCCGCAGGGCGGAAAUUCAUUUGGCCUCGUUGUGGAAAUAUUCAAGCCUUCGGCGCUCUCAUCCUUGCCAGAUCGCACCAACCGUGAGCAGUACCGUUUACCUUAAACGUAGAUCGGCCGAACGAAGGAAACGUGAAGAUGAAAGAAAUAUGAAGAUGAGGAGAUAUUGGGCUGUAGCUAGCAAAGCUCAAUUUGUGAUAUCAGAGCUUGGAGGAUAUUUCCAAGGCGACAUCGCCAAUGGUUAUUGGCAACAUUUUCUCUCCUGGCUGAUCAGUCAACGUGGAGACAAUGAUAUUGCUUCAGCGGAGGCUUCCGGGCUGGGCACUUCGACGUUGACAGAAGUUAAAGGAUCGAGACCAAGUACAGGGACGUCUUCGCAACGGUUCAACGCGAGCCAAUCGUCUGCAGCAAGCAGUGCUUAUCGACAGUCAGCAUUGAAUCAGCAACGAAUACCGAACGAUCCUGCUACCCUGGCAAGAGCGCACCAGCGUUAUCUCAGAGCUUUACAUUCCUCGCUACUGCUGAAUGUGACGGGAUUCACAGAGGCGUUGUUCGAUGCACUAAGACUGCUGGACCAUUUCGUGGCUCUGUUCGCAAGACUUCAAAGCGCGCAACAGAAUCUCGAUCUCGAGGUCGAUGAAGGUGUUGUGGAUGCUCUUGCGAAUCAUAGAGCCGACGAGCACGAAAUAUUGCAAGAAAUGGAACGAAGUCGCGGAUCAAUUGAAGAGCACCUUGACGCGCUUGUCAGGGAGCUGCGUGAUUCUGUGGAUCAAGGCCAUGGUGAAGGUGCUUGGGACGGUGAUGUAUCAAAUAUCGAUCGACUUGAUCCGUCAUCGUCCCAAUACACUCCUUGGAGACCACGAAAUAUCGAUGGUCUUCUCAUGAAGAUGGAAUUCAUUGGUGCAAAGGCGCAAAGCGAGGCCACGGAUACUGAAGACGAGGAUGAGAGAUACUAUUCUCAGUGA